AUGUCUGCACCGAUCCGAAAGUACAAGGCGGCUGCCGUCCAGGCCGAGCCCGGCUGGUUCAACCUCGAGGAGUCUGUCCAAAAGACUAUCAAACUCAUCCAGGAAGCCGGCGAAAAGGGCUGCAAGCUCAUUGCCUUUCCUGAGCUAUGGAUCCCCGGAUAUCCCUACUUUCAGUGGCGCGUCAACUACCAGGAUUCUCUGCCACUUCUCAAAGAAUACCACAAAAACAGCCUGAAGCCAGACUCUGUCGAGAUGCAGCGCAUCCGGCUCGCCGCAAAGGCUGCGCAGAUUUUCGUCUCUCUCGGCUACUCGGAGCUUGACGGCCACACGCUGUACACGGCGCAAAUCAUCAUCGACCCGACGGGCACCGUCAUUAACCACCGCGGCAAGAUCAAGCCCACUCACGUGGAGAAGCUCGUGUUUGGUGAGGGGACCGGCGACUCGCUCAACACAGUCGUCGAGACGGAGAUUGGCAGACUCGGCCACUUGAACUGCUGGGAAAACAUGAACCCCUUUUUGAAGGCGCUCGCCUGCGCUCAGCACGAAGAAAUUCAUGUUGCUGCAUGGCCAGUCUACCCUCCUGCCUCGACCCUCAAGUACCCCGAUCCUUACACCAACAUCUCCGAGGUCCAGUCCGAGUUUGUGACUCCCGCCUACGCCUACGAGACGGGUACCUGGACCCUGGCGCCCUCCCAAGUCGUGACUCGCGAGGGCGCUCGCCUCAACCUGCCCAAGCGUCUGCAGGACGACGAAGACGCCGUCGAUGCCGAGUAUGCCGUCAUUGGCAACGGCUUCACUCGCAUCUACCGCCCCGACGGCUACCGCGCCGUCGAGGACCCGCCCAAGACUUUUGAGGGCCUGGUCAUUGUCGAUGUUGAUUUGGAUGAGAACCUGCUUACCAAGCGCCUUGCUGAUUUUGUAAGCCCUCAACUCCUCCCUCCUGCUGGUACCGCCGCGGGUUCCGAUGCACUAACAGGCGGUGUUAAGGGCGGACACUAUAUGCGUCCUGACUUGAUUCGGUUAAUGGUGGACAAGAACCCAAAGACUCUGAUUGUUGAUGCCAAUGCGGCGGACCCGAGAAAGGUUCCUAGCUCGUUGGAGAGACUUGGUCUUGCUAAGCCGCUUCCUGCCACCGAGGAGUAA